CCCUCAGACAAAACACAACCAGCUGGGAGGUGUCACACUUUCUCCUGACAUCCACAACUGCACAGACACUUAAAACCACAGCAGCACUUGUACAAGGGAACUGUUGUCAGCCUUCUCUUUUCUACAGCUCUGAGGAUUUAUUGAGGAGAAGCUUUGACUGGACUUUACAAAAGAAAAAGAAAAAGUGAACUUUUUUGGGACGACAUGGCACUGAGGCAGAACUCUGACAAGGAGCCAAGCAUCGAGCUGUUCAUCAAGGCUGGACAUGAUGGCGAGAACGUGGGGAACUGCCCGUUCUGUCAGAGGCUCUUCAUGGUUUUGUGGCUGAAAGGAGUCAAGUUUACAGUGACCACUGUUGAUAUGAGGAAGAAGCCAGCUGAGCUCAAAGACCUGGCCCCCGGGACCAACCCUCCUUUCCUCCUCUAUAACGGCACCCUCAAAACAGACUUCAUCAAAAUCGAGGAGUUUCUUGAGCAAACACUGGCCCCGCCCAGGUAUCCUCAUCUCAGCCCGCUGAACAAAGAGUCCUUUGAUGUGGGCGCUGACAUUUUUGCAAAGUUCUCUGCUUUCAUCAAGAACAGCCCGAAUAACGCCUUUCACCAGAAAAACCUGCUGCGGGAGUUCAAGCGUCUGGACAACUACCUGAUCUCGCCCCUCCCCGAGGAGGUCGACCACAACUCCAGAGAAACCAUCACUGUCUCCAAGAGGAAGUACCUGGACGGAGACCGCCUCACCUUAGCUGACUGCAACCUGCUGCCCAAACUGCACGUUAUCAGGGUUGCUGCCAAAAAGUACUGUGACUUUGACAUCCCUGCUGAGUUCACAGGCGUGUGGCGAUACCUUCAAAACGCCUACGAGAGAGAGGAGUUCAAACAGACGUGUCCGGCCGACAUUGAAAUCGAGAAGGCUUACUUCACCGUGGCCAACCAGAGGAAAUAAAAACCUCUGAUCCUCUGUAACGAAUGUCCUGUUUUCACUCACCAUGCAUGUGGAGCUGGUGAUCUGUAGAGGGUGCUACAACCUACAAGAAUAAACCAAGGUGAUGAAUCAGACACUAUUCACCUUAAAAAACCUUCACCUGUUGUAGCUGUGAGACAGUAGGACACGCUGAAGCAAAUGUUUUAUUGGUUGUUUGUAUUGACUGUUUAUCCAUACUCACUCAGACUGAUGGUAUCUUUAUGCCACGAUGAAAAGGCCAAAUGUGCAAUUGACUGUAGAUGUUUUUGUUUAUAGUGUAAAUAAAUAUUUUUCCUUGCUUUUUACGAUCAAAACAC